AUGCCUCUCCCAACACCACUGUCGCCUUCAUGUGGGCCGUGCACGAGGGAACCGUCGCCCAUCACCACGCGGGCGACGCCGGCGUUAUCGUUGCGGCAGCCCAAAUGUCUGGUGGAGUACGAGCGGGCCAGAUCCCUGCACGAUAGGAAAGGCACGGGCGGCGCGACGCCCCUGGUAAAUUUGAAUGUGGUUGAUGAGGAAGAUCAGCCUCCGCGGCGGCCCAAUCCAAUUGAUAAACUCUUGACGUAUCAACGUGCGCGUGCACAGACGCAACAGGGCUCUGGUGAUAGUUCUGCGAUGCCUGUUAGCUGUGAGGAUUCUCCAGCAGAGAGGGGUAUGGGGAUUAGAAAGACGGGAAAGUUGACGGGGCCUGUCCCGUUGGCACGACUUCCAAGGGAAAUGACGGAGUAUAUCAUGCAGAUAGAGACGCAGAACCGUCAGCUUCGCCAACAAGUACUUGAGCUGCAGGAAGAGCUGCAGCGGCGGCAGCAGCAAACACAUACCAUGAUGGGGUCAUAUCAACAACUUGCGGACGCUGUUGUUGGCAACAAGCACUCGGUUGAAAUAGGUGUCGAGAAGGGCAAGAUCCACCAACAUGCGACAAAUGAUUUACACGCUGUCUUUGGGGAAUUCCUAAGCCAAGAGGAGCGAGAACAGUACGUGAAUGAGAUCCUUGCUCAGGUGGACGUUAUUGUGCAGGCACAUCGCAAUCAGAGUGAGCUGAUCAUUCUUAAAUACAAGCAGGAGGCGGAAGACGCCAAACUAGCUCUUAAAAAUCUUCGUAAGGCGAUCGCAUUAGAGGGUGUUGAUUUGUCUAUGCUGCCAGCAGCGCUUGCAACGUUGUCUGGGCCCACGCGGGCAACUAGAAGCGGUGGAUACAACGACAACGACCACAGCACUGGUGAGACACGGGCAACCAAUUCCAACUCGCCCACAUCAACAGAGGUUGAUGCCGCCGCUGCUGGUAUUAUGACCGUGAUGAAUGAGAAGUGUGCAGUGUUGGUAGGUGAGGCGGCUGAUGCGGUGCUGGGGGAUCUGCUGCGGGUGGAGGCUGGCGAUGAUGUCCCGACGGUAGUGCGCCAGUCGAUGCAGCGCGGCUUCGAAGUGCUGGCACGCCACCUUGCAUUGGUGGUCACGGAGUACAUUGGGUACUGUACAGCGGAACUGCGUUACUUGCACAAAGAGCGCGAGACGGUGUGUCGUGAGCUGCGCGAGGAUCUGCGUGCGAGCGAGAGUAGGCGGCUGCGAAUGGCACAGCAGCAUGAUACGGAGAUUCGUACAUUGCGUGACGAAAUUCAUGCGUUUCAUGUGGCGGGGGCGGAGGGGGACGAGUUGAAGGGCAUGAUUCAUGAGCGAGCAUUGGAAGAGUAUACCACCUUGCUUGUUGAGAGCCGAGCGGAGUCGGACUCACUUCGCCGGCAGCUGGAGGAGGAGCGCUCCGACCACGCCACGACGUGUCUGCGCCUCAAAUCAAGUCUCCAGCGCCGCAACACCGAGUUUGAAGAGGCUGUCAUGCGGCGUGCGGAGGAACUUGUCAGGCGGCGCGACGCACACAUCGGAGAGCUCCAGCAGCAGUUGGACGCGUCGCGUCGCGUGGAAGAGCGACGCACUAAAGAACGCGUCACAAAAGGUGUCCAGGUGCAGGCGGCGGAGUCCAUCAUUUUGGACGCGUCUAAUUACAUGUCAAACGUGCUCUCACUGGGAUCGUCCUGGAAGGGUGCGUCAUCGCAGCUUAACGGGCGCCUCGCGACACCCACGCAGUCGAGGAGUCACUCCAAAGCGGCGCCGUUGCCGCCAUCAUUACCGCCAACGCCCUCUGCACAUCCACCAAUGACGCCAUCCGCACUAGGCAGGAAUGACUCGGGCCUCCAACAGGACAACUCUUUUGAGGAGGAGGUGUGGGCAAAGACUAUGGAGCUGCUCACAAAGUACGGUCCUCUCUCUCGGCACUAG